AUGUCGGACGAAUAUUUUUAUGGUGUAACCCUUUCAUCAUCACAUCAGUCAGAGACAUGGGAUCCGGAAGCAAAGGCAGAAUACCCGCGCAGUAAUAAGUUAUUAAUUCGUCAAGCAUUGCUUGGACCAGAUGCCAAACCCGACGAACUUAAUGUUGUACAGGUGGAAACCAUGUGUCUACAAGACUCUAUUAAAAUUCCUGUUGCAAUAUUAAAAGUGGGAGAGACAAGGCAGGCACGCCUUGAUAUUGAGUUCCCUGAUGCACCAGUCACUUUCACUCUCAUUCAGGGUUCUGGACCCGUACAUUUAAUUGGUCAACACUUACUUGGUGCACUUGUUGAAGAAUUCGAAGAUAUGGAAGAAAUGGAGGAAGAGAUGCUUGAUGAAGAAGAGGGAGAUGACUCGCAGUUCAAGGAAGAUGAAAAUAAAAGGAAAGGAGCUGGCAAGCGCAAGACGAAUGAGGAUGAAGAUGAUGAUGAGGGUGAGCCCAAGGGUAAGAAGUCGAAAAUGUCCAACAAUGCCAAAGGCAAGGCUACAUCACCCAAGAAAAAUGCCAAGAAGUGA